AUGCCCAAAGGCCACAGAGUGAGAGAGAGAGAGAGAGAGAGAGAGGAAAUGGCUUCUCAGUGGAAGGCGCACGCGGCGAUGGCGUUCGUGCAGUUCUGCUUCGGCGGAUAUCACGUGAUAACGAAGGUUGCCCUUAACGUGGGCAUGAGUAACAUCGUCUUCUGCGUCCUUCGCAACGCACUAGCUCUCUUCAUCCUCGCCCCCAUCGCCUUCUUCAGAGAAAGCAGAACGAUACGCCCUCCGCUAUCUCGCCGCCAGCUCGUGUGGUUCAUCUUCCUGGGGUUCACCGGGAUAUAUGCGAACCAGCUUUUAUUUCUUAUUGGCCUUAGCUACACAAAUCCAUCAUAUGCUGCAGCCGUACAGCCAGCUAUUCCAGUCUUCACCUUUCUAUUGGCUGCAAUAAUGGGCACUGAACAAGUGCAUUUGCUCCGAACAGAAGGGCAGGCGAAGGUGGCCGGCAUAGUGGUCUGUGUCGCCGGAGCCAUAUUGAUGGUUUUGUACAAAGGCCCAUCUGUGCUUGGGAUGAGUUUCAUGGGCCAUGAUCUUCAAAGAGAGCUCUACGUCAAGUUCCAAUCAGAUUCAGAUGGAUGGUUAGGAUUUGAUUUGCUGAAGUUUGGGCUCACACGUUGGCACAUUGGCGUGUUGUGCUUGAUAGCGAACUGUAUGUGCAUGGCAACUUACCUUGCUACACAGUCUCGGCUCUUGACGUGGUAUCCCGCCGGUUUGUCGGUGACGGCAUACUCAUAUUUUUUCGGCGCUUUCUUAAUGGCAUUGACGGGAUUAUUAGCGACUAAUCUCCAUAAAGAUUGGACCUUGACGAAUUCCGAGAUAAUCGCGGUUUUAUAUGCUGGAACUAUUUCAUCCGCACUAAAUUACGGGCUGUUGACAUGGUGUAAUAAGAUCUUGGGGCCUUCUUUGGUCGCAUUGUACAACCCGCUUCAACCGCUAACGUCUGCCAUUUUAUCAUUGCUCUUCCUCGGAAGCCCCAUUUAUCUUGGAAGCAUUGUUGGUGGACUGCUUAUUAUUGCUGGGUUGUACUUGGUGACUUGGGCAUGCUAUAAAGAGAAAAAAUCAGCCGGAAUUGCUCAUGAAAAUCAAGAAUCCGAACAGCUUCUCUGCGAAGAUCCGACAUCCAUGGAGGCUUCACAACAGAAGGGAAACAAAUUCUCCAGGCUCCACUCAACCUAGACCUUAGAUCACAAUGAUAUUUUGGCCAGUUUGGCCACAUGAAUUUGUUGUGUCAUAUGCAUUUGCUAAAAGGGGGUAUGAUUUUAGCUUUGAUUUUAGUAUUGAUGGUUUCAAAAUGGGUUCUUGGCAUUUGAGAAUUUGGAUCGAAUUUUUCCAAAUUAUCUUAUUAUGGGGAUGGAAAUUUCCAUGUAUUUUAAGUGCUAGUGUUGUAUCAGGUAACUACCCAUAGUUUUUUAAUUUUAUUUUA